AUGGCUGCGAGAGCACCGGUCGGUGGCCGCCCCGGUGCGAGGUUUGCCCAGUUCAAGCUUGUGCUACUUGGAGAAUCUGCCGUCGGAAAGAGUUCCCUAGUCCUGCGAUUUGUGAAAGAUCAAUUCGACGACUACCGAGAGUCGACCAUUGGAGCUGCCUUUCUCACACAGACCAUUUCUUUAGAUGAGAACACGACCGUUAAGUUUGAAAUAUGGGAUACGGCGGGCCAAGAACGGUACAAGUCUCUGGCACCGAUGUACUACAGAAAUGCCAACUGUGCCGUUGUUGUCUACGAUAUUACACAGGCUUCGUCGCUCGAUAAAGCGAAGUCGUGGGUCAAGGAGCUUCAGCGCCAAGCGAACGAGAACAUAAUCAUCGCCUUAGCCGGUAACAAGCUGGAUUUGGUGACAGAAAACCCCGACAAGCGCGCUAUCGCCACUGCCGACGCCGAAGCGUAUGCCCGCGAGGCAGGCUUACUCUUCUUCGAAACUUCUGCCAAGUCCAACACCAACGUGAAGGAACUAUUUACUGCCAUCGCAAAGAAGCUGCCACUUGAUCACGCUGGACCGCGGAACCUGCGAACAAAUCCCCGUCCUGGCGUUGACCUGCGACCGGAGGCAGCCGGCACUCAGGGAGCCGGUGGCUGCAGCUGCUAA